GUCACCGUUAUCCCACCGACUGCGCGUGCGCUCUGGCGCGCACAGGUGAGCGUGCGCGUGCGUGCGUGCGUGCGCGUGCAGGUAUAUAUAGCGACACGGGUUUGAACAAGAGCUCCCUAACGGAAUGGUCGCGAGCAAACCAGCACAGCCAGCUCGACGAUAACAGGCUUGUGGAGCAGAGCAAGAAGACUGUUACACCAGAGACUGUUAUGAACACACCGACUGAGAUACACAGAAAGACAGCCGGUCGUGCGCUCAGACACGCGUAGACAGAGAAUACGCACGCACGCGCGUUACAAUCGACUGAGCGUCUGCCUGUUUAGUUUGAGUACAGUUCUUGUAUUAUUUUUUUUCUUAUCCUCCUUCUACUUUCAAUCUACGGCGUUGGAGGUGAUAGAGAGAGGUCAGUCAUGCCCAGAGCCUUCCUCGUCAAGAAACGCUGCCCCAGCCAGGGCAGCCGACAAGCGUGGAGUCAGCUGCGCGAUGACGAGCGAGCAGAUCACUACAUCCCAGAGGCGAUGGUGACGAGCGCUCCGACGCCCGUGGCGUGGGGCGCUCCGAGCGGGGGGUCGCCGUCGCACGCUGGGGAGCACGAGGCGCCGACCGUGGAGAGGCCCGUGGGCUCGCAAACGGCCGAGACGGCGCUGCCCAUGCACUACGGCAGCAGCGGCGGGGGCGUAGACGUCUGCAGCGGCAGCAGCAGCAGCUGCGGAGGCAGCGGUGGCGCUGGGUCACCGAUGAGCGACAUCACCAAGAUGGAGGACGGCGGCAUGGGUCACCUGUCGUGCCACCUGUGCGGCAAGGCAUUCCACCUGGUGCGCAUGCUCAACCGCCACAUGAAGUGCCACAGUGACAUCAAGAAGCACGUGUGUAACUUCUGCGGCAAGGGCUUCAACGACACCUUCGACCUGAAGCGCCACGUGCGCACGCACACAGGGGUGCGUCCGUACAAGUGCGAGGCAUGCAGCAAGGCGUUCACCCAGCGCUGCUCGCUCGAGUCGCACCUCAAGAAGAUCCACGGCGUGUCGCAGCGCUACGCCUACAAGGAGCGGCGCACCAAGCUGUACGUGUGCGAGGAGUGCGGCUUCACGGCGUCCAGCCAGGAGGCCUUCGUCGUGCACCUCCGCGAAAGUCACCCCGACAGCGCACAGCUGCGCAAAGUGACGCGUCGCCCUGCUUGCAUCCAGACGGCACUGCAGCCCAGCAACCAUUAAAUUUAAAACGUAUACAUACUUGUAUAUAUAUAUACACACAAAACCAACGACGACAACAACAACAACAAAAAACUAUUUUUGCAAAUGGUGCAAAAAAAAACGACAAGAAAGAAAAUCUGAUUUUUUUAGUUCGUGGAGGAGGCCAUUUUGUGCGGUGGCCAUUUUGUUUGGUGGCCAUUUUGUGGCAGCAAGGAUAUUUUUAUUAAGAAACCAGCGCCCUGUCUUUCUCAGAACGUGGCUUCCAUAAAUAAGGAAAUUGUAAGAAGCGUGCUUAUCCAUAAUGUUUUUUUAUUAUUUUUAAAAAAAUAUAUAUCUUGUGAAAAACACAAAGCACUUAUCUUAGGUGGCGGUACCGUGCCUGCUGAUUUUGAUACAAUUGAGAAACUUGGAUUCCUCUGAAUGCUUUGAAAAGCUCUGCACUCAAAACUCCCAGUACAGUAAUGAUGUUCUCGUGCCAGGGCAGAGGAAUAUUUUACAUGAAGAAUUGAAGCGAUAAAAACUCAUAUACAUAACAAUUAAACAAAAAUAUAAUUCCCAAGCAGGGUGUUUCACACUCCAAUACUUGGGUGAAUACAAUAACGUGAAUUCAAACAAUUUAAUAUCUUCUGGAGGAAACAAACUGAGCAAUAUAUUUGAUGCCUUUACUUCAAAGGUAUGUUCGAACAUAACAGGUUUGAUAUUACGUUGUGUAACGUUAAAUCAGCGAAAAGCGAUUCUGCUUUUAAAAACACACAACACAAACUUCCUUGUAAAACAAAAAAAACCCGACCAUUCCAGCAACUCAUAUUUAAACAAAUCCUUCACGUGGGUGGGGGAAUCUUUACAUCCACAUUAGCCUGCAUUGAUACCCAGUAUUUCGGGCAUUAUGCUACUGAUAAUAGUGGUAACAAAAAAUGCACACGCGCACACGCGCGGCUUAAAACUCAUUCGGCCAAGAACAGCAACGGGCGGACGCGUGCGAUUUGACCUCUUGUCUCUCGCCAGUGGGUGCAGCCACACACUUUUGACCAAACAAAAUACUUCACGACUCCUUUUUUUUUUCAUUAUUACAGAAGCGUAUCGGCACGCGCAGCGGUAAGCGCACGGAGAUAUGAGCCCAGCUGCCAAAGUGUGAUCCCUGGCAACAGAUAACAAUCAGUGGCGAGUGGUGUCUUAACCGGUCCAAGGCGCAACCCCCCCCCCCCCCCACCGCCUUAUCAACCAGCACUGACCAGCGUGGUGAAAUAUGGUCAAACAACCUUGGGUUGUCACCUUUGAGGUACCAAAAAAACAGGACAUUGUGGCAAGAAGACUUUCACAAUGCAGAAAAAGGGGAUAAGUAGAUGUAAGUGAAUCGUUUUGAUUGAGUGGUGUAUGAUUAUUAUUACACAAUUGACAAAAAACGGGACUUUUAAUAUCACCGGAAGACUUACAGAUUUCCCAGGACAGGAGCUACUACGAAAAUAGGAUGAUCCUAUUAAAACCAGGACAGGAGGCAAGGCAAUCGUCCAGCUUUUGAUUUAAAGAAGGGCGGUAAAUAAUUUUAUUUCUAAAGCGGACUAACAGAGUGAUUGAUGGAUAUCUCUGAAGAACAUUUACGAGCUAUUGCCAACAUUUUACAAAUGUUUGAGGCCAAAGUUUUCGUCUUCUUUUUUUAAGGGAAAGAAAAAUGUGCUUGAUCAUCACCGCCUAGAUGCCUUCGCGUUACUUUGCGGACAUAAAUCUAUUAAACUGACAGCGUCAACUGCAUCGCUAAUACAUCUGAAGGAAUGCAGAGUUGCAGACUUGAAAAAAUUAAAUCGCACCGAGUAAAGAGUUUGACAAAGCUUCAGGCCACAGCCUUCUGGGGGUGACACCACACCCACUGUAGUCAUAAAAAAAAAAUGUUGCUCAGUUUUUUUUCCUAAUUUUUUUUUUAUACCAGGUCUCCAAAGGCAACGGUAAAAAAUAUUAAGAAACUGGUUUUGGUUCCAGUCAAACGGGGCUCGGGUGCGCGACUGUUGAAAGGCACCUUGAGCUGCGGUUCACGUUGUGUAACGUUCAAUUUAUUUGACAACCGUUCUGAUGAGUUUUAUUUUUUUACAAACACUGUAAUGGGUGCUUCUGCGCAAAGGUUUAUCAUCAGCGCACGUCGCUUGUAGAUGGCACCGUGACAAUAACCGCGGCCUCGGAGUCACAGGGAAUGCAGUGGCACGAGGCAUGCGUGCAGCGAUGCAUUUAGAGCGCCUUCGCCUAUGUAGUCAUCAUCAGGCACGGUUUAUCUCACUGGGAACUCAACGCCCCGUCUGCACGGUGGUCGCUUCUUGCGGGGCACGUUCUCUCCCUUUGGCAGCCUGCAGAAUGGUCAAAAGUGUUACAGUAAAAGCUUGAUAAAAAAUAUAUAUAUAUACACACACACAUACUCAGAGUUGAUCACAUUCAGGUGAGUUCCUCGUAAGAUUAGUGCACUUAUUCUGCUCUAAGUUGAGCACAAGAAGAGAGGGUCUUAAAUAUUAGCCGUAACGUUAGAUUCACAGCUGUGUGGUAUGUAGUGUUCUCAGUUAUCAUUGGCCACGGCUCGUGUAUGUACUUACUUGGUGGUGAGAGAAAUUAGACCAUUCGUCAAACAUAUGCGUAGGCAUACACGUAACAUGCACAUGCAUUUACAUUUCAUUUCGUUCAUUACUCUACAUGAACGAACCCAUUUUAAAAACUCACCCCAUUGAUUAUUUUUUCUUAUAACGAAAUAUGUGCACGUAUACCACUGUCAUUGCAGUCCCUAAUUUUCUUGAAUAAUUUUCAAUACAAUGUAGGCCUUACAUUAGUGUUUAUGAGUGUGUGUGUGUAUAUAUAUACUUUUUCAAUUCUAUGCAAAACCAGGGGUACGAUAUUUGAAUGGAACAGUUACUGUUGGGUCAACUUUUCAAAAGGUUUCUCGAUUUUCAAGCUGCUUAAUUUUUUUCAAUUAAAUAUAGACUGUUAUUGAAUUGAGAAUUUUUUUCCGUGCAUGAAAAUAAGGACAAGCAUAGCCAUUUAUAUUUUUUUUUGGGGGGGGGGACCUGUCAGGGUUUUUUUUGUCGUCGUAUUUCUUUUUUUACAUUUUUAUAAAAUCGCGAGCGAAGCUGUGAGUCUUCACACAAAUAAAUACUUCAGCACUGAGGACUUCGUUGGAUUCAAACCCAGAAUCUGAUCCACGACGGAUGUUUUUGUCUCCAGAUCUUCCAACGAAAAUGUGCACGUUGAAAACGGAUGCACUCUCGUAGUCUUCCUGUCAACAUAAUUCCUUCGGAAAUGAGGGUCAAAUUUGAAAACAAUACGCCGGAACUGUGUGUGUGUGCACUUCGAAGAUCUGGAUGCAGAGUAGCGAUCUGUUGCUGUGAACAGACGGCAACGGAUCAGGCUUUAACUUUUUUUUACCGAACAUUUUCUGGGUCGCUGGCAGACUGGUGUAGUAGGUGGCACGGCCCAAAGCGAGACGUAUACUGGUUGUGGUGUGCCGGGUGAGGAACGAAGCCCUGCGCAUGAUUGUGUUGUAUGGGCAGGCCCAUUAAAGGCUAUUGUGAGUUUUAAUGUGCAUGUCACCUCAUAUGAAAAAAUUGUGGUACACGGUCUUUGUGUAUAUAUUUUAGUCUAGAAUGUUUCAACUUUUUUACAGGGUGACUUUCAAGCCCCUUCAUUUCUCACCCGGAUAAUCAUUGCGGAGACAAUGGAAUAUUUGUUAAUGGUAUUUGACAAGUGCUGUAUAUGUUGUAUAUAGAACGGUAGCUCCGUUCCCACCCAUGAAUGAAUUCAGUUUGGGUUUUCCAGAAAACCUUCAUUGGGCACAGCCAUACGAGCCAGUGAUCAAUGGCUACCUGUAACAGCAGCCAUUUACAAUUCUAUCCGAAUUCUGGAAGACAAUGACUGUAUUGAUUCGGCAUGGAAUGGAGUUACAGUGAAUUAUUGACUUCAUUCCUAUUAUUUGUGUUCAUGGGAAACUUGCAAUGCUGUUGUUUUUUUAUGGAGUUUGCCUGGAGAAUGUAAGGAUUAUAAUGAAAACCACAUUGGUGUCUGAGAUUAUUUCUGGGUAUCGGUGAAUAUCGGUUUUUUUAUUGUAGAGCCAAUGGCCUGUAAGGUUAGCUGUCUACCAGUUACGCCAUUAAUUGGUGUUGGCUGGGUAAUUGUGUAUUUGUAUUUUUUAUACGAUUGGGCUGGGUUCAAGGAGGCCAUGUGUCAUUGUGAUAACUAUAGAGGUAGGCACGUAAAUGUUUUUUUGAUGUUUUUUGCUCGAGUAUCACCUCAAAUGGAACACUAGACUGCCACUAAAAUGCACAAUAGAUAAUGCUUAAAACUGGAAGGCGGGCCUUUGACUAAAAACAAGUAUCCAGCAAUGAGAUGUAUGUCCUGGUAAGCAAGACUUUGCUUUCCUGGCUCUCUCAUGCCUUUGUCGGGUUGUAACCGAGUGUUAUUCGGCAUGAUGCAACACGUUACAGUACGCGGGGCGAAACGUCGGACAUCGUGCUAAACGGCACGUGGUACAA